ACUUAAGCUCAAGCUGCCGGACACACCCACCAGCUCUCUCGAAGCACCAAGCAUCAAGUGGCUGCUUGAGACAUCCACGGAUCCUGAAGUAUUUCUCGCCGCUGCUAGCCUUGUUCGGUAUGUCGACUGGCCUCUGGAUCUUGACGUCUCGGUCACGCUGCGUCAGCUGUACGAUGUUUACACAACCUGCUUAGACGUCCAGGAGCGAAUCAUACCCUCGUUGGAGGAGAAGGCAUCUGCAUGUACAAUGGCUCUUUGUCACCUAUACUGCAACCGUAUUCUUCAGGGACAUCCUCCUUAUGGAUUUAUUGGUCAGGGAAGCACAGACUACUUCGUGUUUCGCCGGAUGUUGGAGAGGGCAAAAGUCAAAGACAAUGUGGUUAUUGCGACAACCAAACUGUUUGUUGCGAAAUAUAAACCACCUUUUGUCUCAUGGUCUUCACCGAAGUUUGGGGCCUGUCCCGACCCUGUCCUCGAGUGGCUGUCUCACGCUCUUCCUUUCCACUUUGUCACAGGGCGAGUAGAUGAAGACGUAGAGAAACUUGCCAUCACAGUGAUAUCAAAACUCCUAUCCUCUCCUUCCUCUCCAUCGCCUCAAAUCAUAGCUAACUGCACUCUUCUUGCUUGCGUCAUGGUCGGGAUUCAGUUUGACAAGAAAGACAUCGUUCGGGUUGAUAAAAGUUCUGCUCUGCAUCAACUUGCUGAGUCUAUUUGGGCGCAGUUCCGGAAAGCAUUCUGGGCAUUAGAUGGAAGUGAUCUCGACAGUGACAGCACAGGUUGCCGCCGAGCAUGGGACCUCACCGACGUCAUCUGUCGCAUGCUUCAGCUCGGUCUACCUGAUCCACCUCCAUCGCAGGAGAUGUGGAACCUGGGCGUGUGUAGGAAGAUUUAUUCACGGGCGAGGUCAUCGGAAAGGCAUCAAUCAGCAGCGCUACGAAAAGUUCAGCGCUUCAGGUUCGCCGUCGUUACCGAUGAAUCGCGAUGGGAUCCUGCCUGGUUGUGGCAGCAUCAAAUAUCGUGGAAAAGCAAUUCCCACUCGCCGAAAGACUUCGACUGGCUAGUGGACUACCUCGGCGAUAUUUGUUCCAACGACCAUGAGACAGCAGGUGACAUCCUUGUACUACUGAGUAGUAUGAGAGUAAACUGCAGCCCCGCUAAACAACAUCAAUACAUCGAGAAGCUCAUCGCCUGCAUGGGUAGCAGCAUGCCCCCCCGUUUACGCCAUGCUGCACUUCGUGCUGCUCACAGUUCCCGAGAAGUCUUAGCCUUCAUCAAUGUCGUUGAUGAUGCGGACAUGGUUUUGACCAAGUUCUCCCCUGCCAUCCUUACCGCAGUCUGUCCGCAACCAGGUGCAACAUCCACCGAUGGCGGUCCUGAUUGCUUCUUCCAUCCUGACCGCGAUUUGUACUAUCUCGAAUUGAUCUUUGCCCUAGCGAAGAAUUCCUACUGGCGCCCCCAUUUGCAUUGCCAAAUAGAUCGGGCCAUUAGGAUGAUCGCAGUAUGCUGCGAAUCACCCGAGCCGCAUGCCUUUUACCUCGCUGGUAUCUUCCUCCGAAUGACACUUGAACAGGUGUCCGCCACAUCACUCAGUUCCAUCACAGACCAGCAGUGGUGGAACAUGAUGAAAAAGGCGUGGUGGUCUGCUUUUCUCAUAAUGAACAACGCACGCUGUAUCGAAUUCCUUCCCGUUCUUGUAGAAGGAACGAAGAAGUACAUGUGUAUCGCUUCAAAAUAUGAUCUCGAGCAGCUCAUCAGACGGAUGGAUCGUCUUAUCGUGGGGGUGGAAAUGCGAGGGGUCGACGUUGCUGUGAAGGAGUUGAGAGGUAUAGCUAACGACAUGCUUGCGAAGUUCAGUUCAUAGUUAUUGGGCAGGAGACUUGUUAUUACGUGAUUAUUAAUAUAAAUGCUUGUGUGU